GCGAGCGUUUCUUGAUCACAACAGAGACGCUCCGCGGCUAAAUCCCCUCUUUCGCCGGGAGAAUAACAGCGCCGUUUGCCAUAUCUUUGGAGGAGCAGUUAUUUGGGGCGCUUAAUGUUUCAUGUCCUCGCAUCAUGGGCUCGAUUAGCGAUUCCUUGUUUUUAUUGUUCUGUCUCUUACCGUGCCGGAUUUUCGCGCAGUACCGGAGAUAGAGGCCUCCGCGCGCCUGCUCGAUUAACGGAGAGCCCGCGCGGAGCGACGAGACCCACGGCGGGAAUUCUGAGGCGAUUGUUUUAGAGGACAGAGACUCUGCUAUUCUGACAGGAGUAGAAAACCUUCCGGUAAUCAGUGUUUAACGGCUGAGAGAGUCGAAACCGAAUCACCGUGGCCACCGGUGUUGAUGUGGGGUAAAAUGGAGACCCCGACGAUCAUGUACGAUCUGGACACCUCCGGUGGGCUUAUGGAGCAAAUCCAGACUCUACUGGCGCCGCCCAAAUCCGAGGAUGGAGAGAAGAGGAGCAGAAAACCGGACAGGAGCACCAGGAGAGCCAGUAGGGCCACCAACCACGACACCUGUGACAGCUGCCGGGAAGGAGGGGACCUGCUGUGUUGUGACCACUGCCCCGCCGCAUUCCAUCUGCAGUGCUGUAACCCACCAUUAAGUAGAGAAAUGCUGCCCCCUGGUGACUGGAUAUGUCAUCGCUGCACCAUUCGCAAGAAGAAAAGGGAACAGAAGAAGGAGCAGAUUAAUGGUCUUUUGGAGCAGCAGCUGGGCAAGCAAAUGCCCUCGCCAGCUCCUGAGCAGGAGUGUGGGACGCUACGUCUGGACCCCACCCUGGGGUCGGGCGGCACUGGACUUCGAUCCGCUGUUGCUCAAGUGCGACUCCUGGAGAGACGACCAAGCAGCAGACCUGCGACCCCCAACUCCAACGCUUCUUCAACUGACAUGGCCACAACGUCUGAGCAGAAUGACAUGGAGGAAGACCUUCUGGACGUGGAGGAAGAGGCACAGGGUUCUGAGCCUGAACUCUCCAAUGUCACUGCGACCCUCAAGAGACCUUUUGACCUCCUAAUCGCCGCUGCUAUGCAGAGGAACCCCACACAGUUCCAACUUCCAAAUGACCUCACCUGCACAACCGCACUUCCAGGCACCAGCAAAAGGAGACGAAAAGACGAGUUAACUGGCAAGAAUGUGAAACACCCACAGCAUGAGCUGGACAAUUAUGGAAUGGUUCCAUUACCGGUGAAAGUGUGCAGCACAUGCAACAGGAGCUGCCGAUUGGUUCCACUGAUCCAGUGUGAUUAUUGCCCCCUCUUGUUUCACAUGGACUGUUUGGACCCGCCUCUCACUGCCUUCCCUACAGGCAGGUGGAUGUGUCCCAACCACAUCCAGCACCUGGUACUAAACCAGAAAAGCUUGACCCUUAGCAACCGUUGCCAGCUGUUUGACCGGUUUCAGGACCGCAUAUCCCAGCAUGCAGUAAAGGUCGACUUCCUGCAGCGAAUACAUCCGCCGCACCCCCCGAUUCGGCAGUCAACUCACACACAAAGGAGAAAGACACUGAAGGUUCCUGAUGCUAUAAAGUCACAGUACCAAAACCCACCUAUCCUAAUGCCCACAGCUGGAAUCCGUGAAGGGGAAUUGAUCUGUACUGGUGUUCCAGAAGCUUGUGUUCCACAGUACUUGGCCAGUGAAGAUGAACAACGACAGUGGCUCAAAGAUGUCAUCUCGCUGCAGUGCAGCAUCAUGAAGCAUUUAUGGAGCAGGCAAACAUCAUCUACAUGGGAAUCAGAACAAACAGAAAAGACCGAUAUGAAACUCAGCAGAGACUUCUGCCAGAGUGCCGUCUCGCAUGGCUCCCAGUACAUUGUACACAAAGUGGUCUGUAGCUCAUGUACUGAUGGGCUGUGUCAGAACUGCAGGACCACAAAUGGCCCAGUAGACCGGUUGGUUCAGCCCAAUGGGAUGCAAGGUGCUGUUAGAACCCAAGGGAAGACCACAGACAUUGAAAAACCACAUACAACCACCCCUACUCCACCAAAUCACGCCAGCUCUGGUGUUGUUAUCAAGACUGAGGAUUCCAGCUUAAAGUCCUGUAGGGGCACAGAGGUUGCUCCUCCUGCAUGUGUCAAAUCUGAGCCCAAAACUCCACCAUUAGACCACAAGAAAUCCCUACCAAUCUCAGAGGCUUCAGCAAAUGGAAAACUCUCGGCUUCUCCUGCAAGUACAGGAGCACAGGUUGUUAAGCAACCAAAAAUCACCACAGACAUAGCAUCAAGCUGCCAGAGAUCUUCUUCUACUUUGUUUGGUGGAAAGGUGAGUGUUGACUCCAUCACAGCAGGUGGUAGGAACGUGUUCUCAUCAACAGAACUCCCUGAUGUGUCAGAGCUGUCAGGCCGAAUAAAAGACAUUAUGCAGGGCAGUGGAGAAGUUGAACUCAGCUCGCUGGAUGAGAGGUUUAUCAAACUCUUGGCCUGGCAGAGGAUUCAACAGCUCUUUGAAUCAAAAACCUCUCCUGUUCAAAGUAGCCCACUCCUCUUGGUGUCACUCGCUCACAAGAAACACAGUGAAGCCCAAAAUAGGGAGGUGCAGGCAAAAGCUUCAUUCUGUCCGGUCUCGGGAAAGGGAUCAGCUGUCAGCAUGUGCUACCGGAGUCUGUACAUUGGGACGGGUGCUGAUAUGGAUGUGUGCCUUACAAAAUACGGUCAUUGUAACUAUGUUUCAGGGAAACAUGCCUGUAUAUUUUAUGAUGAGAUCACAAAGCAGUAUGAAUUGCUGAACUAUAGCGAGCAUGGGACAAUAGUGGACAAUGUGCUAUAUUCCUGUGACUUCUCUGAGAAGAUGAGCCAGACCCCGUCUAGCAGCCUUCUUGCCAAAGUUCAAAAUAUUAUCCGCCGCUGCAAGAAAAAGGAGCAGGAGGACUCUGUGGCUACUGUAUCAGAGGGUGGAGUUAUGAGUUGCCAAUCUCAGGAUGCUUCCAUCACUCCGUGUAAUUGUAAGAGCAGCGGCUCAAGUCUGAUCGGAGGUAGUGGUGCUGGAUGGGAAGGCACAGCGCUCCUUCAUCACGGGAGCCACAUAAAACUGGGCUGCUUGCAGUUUAUCUUUAGCAUCACAGAGUUUGCCAGCAAAACGCCUAAAGAGAUCACAACCUGUAGCCUCACUCCUACUUCUGGCAAACAGGGGGAGCAGUUGAGCAAGGCCACAUCGCUGCCGCUCCAACACAACCUUGUAACUUAACCUCUACAGCACCUACCUGCCUCUACGUUGAGCUGUACAGAGUUUAAACGGUUUCCUACUUAUUUAAUUCUUUAUACACUUGCAUGAGGUGAUGUUUUUUUUUAUUGUUUUUUCUUUCGGAGACUCUUUUGGCAGGU